UCCAGGUUACAGCUCUUCACGCUCUCCGUCAUCCUCGAGCUCCCGCAUCACCGACAGCAGCAACAGCGAUGGCGGAGCCCGGAGCAUCGGAGGCGGCGCCAGCAUCACCGACACCGGGCCUCUCUCCCGCAGCCAGUCCGGGCUCGGAGCCUCCCUCCAUGGCUCUGUCCCCCACGGCGGACGACUCCCAGAGGCUCCUCUUCUCCCACGACCUGGUCUCCGGACGUUACCGCGGCUCAGUCCGGUUUGGCCUGGUACGGAUGAUCCACGGAGAGGAGGAAUUUAACUCGGACUCAGAUCUCGAUGAUGGCGGAGGGAGAGGCGGAGAUGGAGGAGGCGGCGGCGGCGGCGGCGGUGGUGGAGGCGGACGAGUCCCGUGUGGCUCGGACACUGAGAGCGCCGUGGACACCCCGAGCCGGCCUCUCGGUCGCGGGUUCGUCCGCGUCCAGUGGUACCCCGAAGGAGGCAAGCAGGACAUCAGGGAGACAAAGCUGAAACUUGAAGACCGCUCCAUCGUCAUCAGAGACAUCGUGCGGCGGAACAACUCAAAUGACAACCAGUGUGGUAUUGUGACAAACAUUGACAUCGAGUGUGCAGUGAAAUUAGUGGGAACAAACUGCGUCCUGUAUCCAGUCAACAGCAGAGACCUGCAGCACAUCUGGUCUUUCAUGUACGGCGACUACAUAGCCUACGACUUCUGGCUGGGGAAAGUGUACGACCUGACCAAUCACAUCAUCCUCAAGCUGUCCAAUGGAGCCAGGUGCUCCAUGAGCGUGGAAGACGGUGCAAAGCUUUACGACGUCUGUCCACAUGUCAGCGAUUCGGGUCUGUUCUUCGACGAGGCGUACGGCUUCUACCCGGGUCAGGUCCUGAUCGGUCCCGCCAAAGUCUUCUCCAACGUACAGUGGCUGUCAGGGGUCAAACCGGUGCUGAGCAGGAAGUGCAAGUUCAGGGUGGUGGUGGAAGAGGUGAAGGUGGUGGAGCUGAAGGUGACGUGGAUCACAAAGAGCUACUCCCCGAAAGGCUCGGACAGCGUUUACCCCCCUCCCUCCACCAUCACACAGGAAAACCUCUGCAGGGUGAGGCGUUUGGGCUACUACGACCACACCCAGAGGCAGCUGGGAGAGCGGGCGCUCUACGUCUUCCCUGCUAAAGGAGACGCCACACGCAUCACCUGUGAAGGACCCGAGGGUGCCCCCGUUCUGCCCGAAGACCCCGUUGCCAGAAAGCUGAAAAGGAUGUUCAAGAAGGAUUCAGGGAAGAAGAUGGACAACGUCGAUUCACAGGGUGAGCACAAGUCAGAGCACGCAGACCCGUCGCAUCCAAACAACAACGGGCCGGCGCCCGUCCAGAACCCCGCAGACUCCCAGGGCACCAACGACACGACGGCCGAGCACGGCGAGCAGGACGCCGACGACGAGGCCGCAGAGGACACGGACGACACCAGCUCUCUGACGUCGUCGGCGAGCUCCACGGCCUCGUCUCAGAGCAGCGGUCUGGGAACAAACCGCAAGAAGAGCAUCCCGCUCUCCAUCCGCAACCUGAAGAGGAAGCACAAGAAGAAGAGGACCAAGUUCUCCCGCGAGUUCAAGCCUGGAGACCGGGUUGCAGUGGAAGUAGUCUCCACAAAGACGACGGCUGACGUGAUGUGGAAGGACGGCCGGGUGGAGAAGGGGAUCCGGUCGAAUGACCUGAUCCCCAUUCAGCACCUGGACAGUCACGAGUUCUGCCCCGGGGAUUUUGUGGUCGACAAACGACCUCAAGCCCUGCAGGACCCCGGUGUGUACGGCGUGAUUCAGUCCGGCGACCACAAGGGCAGAACAUGCGUCGUGAAGUGGAUCAAACUCAACUCCAGCAGUGACGACGUGGAGGUUAUCGGCGUGGAGGAGGACGUCAGCGUGUACGACAUCGCAGAUCACCCAGACUUUCACUUCCGCACAACAGACAUCGUCAUCAGAAUAUGGAACUCCGAGAACGGGCAGAACGACUGUGAGAACGAGACGUCCGUCGGCCAGGUCUUCAGGGUGGACGUCAGCAGCAAAGUGGAGGUGGUGUGGGCGGACAACUCCAUGACCAUCGUCCUGCCGCAGCACCUCUACAACGUGGAGUCGGAGAUCGAGGAGACGGACUACGACUCGGUGGAGGAGACGAGCAGCGUGCUGUCCACCGAGGAGUGGGAGGACGAGAGCGACAGCUGGGAGACGGACAACGGGCUGACCACCGAGGACGACAGCCACAUCAUCAACCCGGACGCGGCCGACACCUCCACCCCGACGCCCACCCCCACCGGCUCCUCGCCCUUCAUCAUCCCCCCGCAGGAGAGCGGCAAGGCCGGGGUCACCGGGGUCACCAGCCCCACCAGAGCAGUCCCGGGAGAGGAGGGGGAGGCAUCGGUGGCCAGCCCCGCUUCGGGAGGAGGCACCACUCCUGGAGCAGCGGUAAACGGCGCGGAGAAGCCCGGGAAGGACGGCGCCUCUCGGGGCUUCAGGGAGCUGAAGGAGGCCCUGAAGAUCCUGGAGAGCCUGAAGAACAUGACCGUGGAGCAGCUGUGGACCGGCGGCUCCCCGACCUCGCCCACCUCCGCCGAGCCCACCGCCACGGCCAACGUGGCCGCCUCGGUGACGCCGGCGGCCCCCGAGAAGCCCACCAAGGAGAAGCGCUUCCUGGACGACAUCAAGAAGCUGCAGGAGAACCUGAGGAAGACGCUGGACAACGUGGCCAUCGUGGAGGAGGAGAAAAUGGAGGCGGUGGUGGAGACGGCGGGGAGCGCCGGAGCGGGGACGGAGGCAGAGCGAGUCGGAGAGGAGAAACCCCAGCAGGAGCCGCAGACCCCCGUGGGCGGACAGGAGUGGCCCAGCGAGUUCCUCAGCGACACGCCGGUGCUGUGCCAGCAGAGCGGCGGCAAGCCCGGCGUGACUUUCACCAGCGCCAAAGGGGAGGUGUUCUCCGUGCUGGAGUGGGCUCCAGAAACUCACUCUUUUAACAAAAUGGAGUUCCAGCCGGCCGAGGCGAAGAAGUUCUUCAGCACGGUGAGGAAGGAGAUGGCUCUGCUCGCCACGUCGCUGCCCGACGGCAUCAUGGUCAAAACCUUCGAGGACCGCAUGGAUCUGCUGUCGGCUCUGAUCAAAGGCCCGACUCGGACGCCGUACGAGGACGGCCUCUUCCUGUUCGACAUCCAGCUGCCCAACAUCUACCCGGCGGUGCCGCCGCUGUUCCGGUACCUGUCCCAGUGCAGCGGCCGCCUCAACCCCAAUCUCUACGACAACGGCAAGGUCUGCGUCAGUCUGCUGGGCACCUGGAUCGGGAAGGGCACCGAGAGGUGGACCAGCAAGUCCAGCCUGCUGCAAGUUCUCAUCUCCAUACAAGGCCUCAUCCUGGUCAACGAGCCGUACUACAACGAGGCCGGCUUCGACAGCGACCGGGGCCUCCAGGAGGGCUACGAGAACAGCCGCUGCUACAACGAGAUGGCGCUGAUCAAGAUGGUGCAGUCCAUGACGCAGCUGCUGCAGCACCCGGUGGAGGUCUUCAGGCAGGAGAUCCAGGAGCACUUCUCCUCCAGCGGCUGGCGGCUGGUCCACCGCCUGGAGGCCUGGCUGGAGCUGCACGAGUCGGCCGAGAGGGGCCAGGCGGCGCACGCCUCCCGCCACCACUGCAAGGACGAGCCGGGAGCGUACGGCGCCCUGGGGAAGCCGGGGGAGGAGGCGGGCGCCGGGGGAGUGAGCAGUAUUAUGGAGGAGGAGCUGGAGGACUCGGGGCUGAGUCCCUCCACCACGGCCCCCCCUCAGCAGGAGCUGAGCCACAACUCGGACUGCGACGGCUCGCUGGGGGACCCGGCGGCGCCCGACUCCACGGCCCGCGGCGGGGUCAGCGCCUCAGCGGCGGCGGUCUCCUCGGGGAGCCAGCCGGUGGUGCGACCAAAGAAAAGGAGAAAGAGCUACCGGAGCUUCCUCCCCGAGGGCAGCGGCUACCCGGACAUCGGCUUCCCCCUCUUCCCGCUGUCCAAGGGCUUUGUGAAGAGCGUCCGCGGCGUGCUGCUGCAGUACCGCGCGGCGCUCGCCGCCGCCGCCAUCCCCGAGCACACAGAGGACAAGUAAGUGCCUCCUCACAGAUUCCCAACACACUCUGCACUGCCCCCCCUCCCCCCCUUCCAUCUGCCUCACCUGUAGAGGAGGAUCAUUACUGUCCAGACUGUUUCCAGUCUGCCCCCCCCCCCCAGUGUGGCCACAGCUCCGCCCGCAUUCUUAUCCUUCACCUUCUCUCACUUUACUCCCUCCCCCCGUUGCCCCAAACUCCACAGAACUCCCCCUUAAAAAGAAAUAGUCUGAUUCCUGUUGGUCCGACCUCGACCUCCGGAGAGCAGCGCCCGUCGUGAGCGGAAUCCUGAUCAUGUCUUUGUUCUCCUUCAGUGUUUCUGCAGACGAGCAUGAUGGGUAAAGAGGGGAGGAGGGGGGCAGGCGAGCGGGCGUCACGCCCUCACACAGACCUCCGAGCGACGCCUCGCCACACCAGGAAUUCGUCAUUUGUUCAUGGACGCGGGUAGAAGAAGCUGCUCAGUUUGCUGUGAACGGAUCAGAAAGGAGCUGAAAGACACGGAGAAUCAGUGCCAUGAACCCCCCCCCCCCGGGGGGGAGAUCUGCCAGAUAAACACUCUGCUGUCUCAGCCUGCAAAACGUGAAGCCGCCUGAUGAUACUUGACGGCUGAGAACCCGCGAGGCCCCGCCUCCCCCCCCCCCCCUCGCGGGCCACAGUUCUCUGUAGCACUACUGACACUCUGGCUGCACCAUCCUGCACUACAGGCGCCGCACGCACGGACCAUCCAUUCCACUCGCACACAUCGACAUGUUGCCUUACUUGAAUCGUCGUUAUUGAUCUCAGACCAUGGCGCCGCGCCGUUUCCCUCCCGGAGUCUCCCACCACAGCCCUCCGCCGAGUGCGCGUCGCGUUCGUGCGGCUGGAAACUCUGGAAAGUUCCCAGUUAUCCACGAACACAGCACAGGUUCUGCUUGCUGAUUUCCAGGUGUUUUGUGUUUCUGAGCGUCACAGAGAGAGACUGGGGUCCUGCCCUGGACUCUCUCUCUCUCUCUCUCUCGCUCUCUCUGCUCGUGGCUGUGUUGUGAAACUCACCUCUGGGUCCAGUCGUGCUUCCCCGGGGGAAACCGGCGGUCUUUGUUUACAUCUUUUUCGAGGAACUCCAUCCCACCGCCGACGUGAUGCUCCUGUCGUCGAUUCCUUGUGAUUCUCACUGUAGUGACUCUAGGUGACCCCCCCUCCCCCUCCCCCUCCCCCCUCCCCCUCCCCCUCCCCCUCCCGGUGCUGUGAUGGAAGAGAAUGAGCAGGAGAGCGUCGGCCGUCUGGUGUUUUACUUGAACCUUGAUGCUGAAGAGUGUUUGUGAGCGAGAACGCGCACUGUGCCAUUGCGAGUGAGGGGAGAGGAUGAAACGAGCCGAGAGCUGCUGACUU